AUGCGAAAGAGUGUUACACAGGAACACAAAGCACGAUACCUGGAUUACCUAAUGAAUACCAAGGCAGUGAAAAGGCCAACAGCUACACAGGGAGCUGCAAACAGAACUGAAUUGCACAAACAGCGUGCCGGAGAUGCGCCAGAAACGAAACAGAACGCCAGAAAGGAGAUAUUCCAAGAAGAAAUACCUAUAGAUGACAAAGGAAAAUCUAAAACUGGAGCACGACUUAAAGCAUUGACACUCAGUCAGUUGGAUGAUCUCCAGCGUAUAUGCAAAGAAGGAUUUCGAAUAGAUCCUGUCCUAGAGGUUCUUGAAGACUUACAGGUCUAUAAUUGUUCCAAUUUGAAACACUUAGCGCCGUCCUCUGUAACUUUCCAUCACCUGACAGAUUUGAAGGUGGGAAAUUGCAAUGGAUUGCUUCACUUAAUUACCUCCUCAACUGCAAGAAGCCUGGUCAAAUUAACAACAAUGAAAAUAAAGAAGUGCAAUUCACUUGAGCAAGUUGUGGCAGAAGAGAGGGAGGGAUCUGAAGAUAAAAUUGCAUUCAGAAGCUUAGAAAUUUUGGAGCUCAAGUGUUUGCCAAUGAUCAAGAGGUUUUGCUCCUCCAAUUACUUCUUAAACUUUCCGAUGUUAAAAAAAGUUGUCAUUGAGCAAUGCCCAAGAAUGAACACCUUCUCAGCCGGGAGAGACACAAGCACACCAAAGCUUCGAAAGAUAUCAUCAAAAGAAGAAGAUGGAAACGUGUAUUGGGAAGGUGAUCUGAAUAAGACAAUGAACAAGAUGUUUGCGGACAAGGUGGCAUUUAGUAGCUUCAAUCUUUUGGAAUUUUCUGUAUAUCCAGAACUGAAAGAACUAUGGUAUGGCCAAGAUGGGCCAAAUAUAUUCUGCAAUUUGAAGCAUCUAGUGGUGCGAAAAUGUACAUUCUUGUCCAACGUGAUUUUUUCAUCAAAUUUACUGCGAUUGUUAUAUACAUUAGAGGAACUGGAAGUAUCAGAGUGUGAUUCAUUAGAAGUGGUAUUUGAUGUAAAAGCAUUGGAUGAGAAAGCAAUAGAUCAAAGGAAGUUAGUCGGUUGA